AUGGAUCGGUUUCUGUUUACAUCACUGACACGAUGCUGCCGAUAUUGCUUCCAUACAUUGUGUCGAAACUACAACAGCCAUGCAGUUCUAGGUUCUGUAGCAAGGAGCAAGCAUCAGGUGACCCAUCAUCUUCAGCCAUCAGUGUUUUCAUCGCCUGCCGGUCUACCCCCUGUGCGUAUCUCCCUGAGAAGAAGAUUUGCAACACAGUCAGACAACACAGGACAGAAAGUGGAGCCAGGAGUGGUGAACAUUCCAUUCUGGGGAAGGCUGCUUAUUGUUUCAGGCAUUGGGGGGAUCGUCUACUAUAUCUAUCAUAACGCACAACAGAUCAAAGAACUAGAGAAGGAAGAGUACAGAUACAAAGAGUUAAAGAAAGUCCAGCUAGGAGGGGACUGGACCUUGACGGACCACAAUGGCAACAAACGGUCUAGCACAGACUUCCGUGGUCAAUGGGUGGUCAUGUACAUGGGCUUCACACAUUGUCCAGAUAUUUGUCCAGAAGAGAUGGAGAAGCUAAGCAAGAUAAUUGAAAACUUUGACAAUGAUCCUCAACAGCCCAAUCUACAGCCGGUGUUUAUAACAUUAGACCCAGAGAGAGAUUCACCAACAGUAAUUAAAGAUUACUUGAAAGAUUUCAAACCACCACGUAUUGUGGGCUUCACAGGAAGUGAUGAUGAGAUACGAGAAGUGGCUAAAAAAUACCGGGCAUAUUAUGGGAAAGGAGAACGGAAUUCUGACAACGACUAUAUUGUGGACCACACAAUCAUCACAUACUUGAUCAGCCCAAAGGGAGACUUUGUCAACUACUAUGACCGCAGCAGGACAGCUGAGCAAGUGACAGAGUCCAUCAAAAGGCAUAUACACAAAUAUAAUGAGAUAGAACGUCGCCGGCAGUGA